CCAGCAGCGUGCGGUUCUUUCUCAGUUCGGUGUGUGCUCGUUCUUUCUGUGCUGCUACCUCCUCUGUCUCAUAAGUACACUCUGCCUUUUAAAGUUGGUCCUCUUUCAUUUAUUCGCCCAAUGAGUUGCCAGGACAUUGGAAUAAAGGAUAGUCAGAAUUCCUCUGACAUGUCUGUGCUGUGUUAUAACAAGGGAUGCGGACAGAGAUUUAUCCCCAAAGACAAUGCUCCAGACGCCUGUUGUUUUCACCCUGGAUAUCCUAUAUUUCACGAUGCUCUGAAGGGCUGGUCGUGCUGCAGGAAACGUACUACUGACUUCUCUGAAUUUUUAGCUAUUCAGGGUUGUUCAAAGGGACCUCACAGCAAUGAAAAGCCACUGGAACCUCUUAAACCUGAAAUUAGUGGAGUCAAAAGCCCUGCAGAUUCCUCUGGAUCAAAUAAAUGUGCAGAGCUCAUCGUAAAAGGCCCCAAAUCCGCUGAGAAGAUGCAAAAGGAGAGGCCCAGUGCACAGGAACAGAUGCGGCCCCUUGUGCUCAAAGUAUCUCAGUCCCUCGAGCAAGCCUUGGAGAAACUCAAAUUGGAAACAAAGGUCGAGUCUGAACAAAAAGUUGAGGCUGAAGUUGCAACUCUUGGAACACGAUGUAAGCAUUCAGGUUGCAAAGAGGUUUAUCAAGGGCCAGAAACUGACGAUGGAACCUGUGUUUAUCACCCUGGAGUUCCAGUUUUCCAUGAGGGCAUGAAGUAUUGGUCCUGUUGUUCCAUUAAAACCAGUGAUUUCAAUGAAUUUCUUGAUCAACGUGGGUGCAGCUCAGGGAAGCACUUAUGGGUGCAAGAAGCCGCAAAAAAGGAAGUCUCAUGUCGCUAUGACUGGCACCAGACUAGCAGUGUUGUUGUUGUAACUAUUUAUGCCAAAACAGCCCUACCGGAGUUCAGCCAUGUUCUAGCCAAUCGUACAGGGGUUGACAUUCAGUUGUCCUUCCAAGGAAAGAGUGAAUUCAGGCGUCAGCUGGAAUUUUGGGGUGUCAUUGAUGUGGAAAACAGUGUUGUGAGUUUGUUGCCUACCAAAGUGGAGAUCACGCUGAAGAAAUCCGACCCUGUGACCUGGGCACGACUAGAGCUUUCCGUCUCCUCUACCUGUCUACCAACUGAAGAGGAACCACAACCAACAUCUCAGGGGCCUCCAGAAUUAGAGGAAGAAUCCGAUGACAGCCUGAGCUGGUCUGAAGAUGAUGAAAUCAGUGAAUGAAGGAAACUAUUUUAUCCAACUGACCUUAAAACAUCCUACUGCCCACCUUUUAACUUUGACUCCUUACUCCUCCUGGUAUAUUGGUCCCUUCCAAUCUUAGAAUAUUCCAUGUUUAUCCGUGCUUCACGCUGCAUUUUCACACCUUAUAAGUUUUUCAGUCUCACGUAUUUCAUUAUUUUCCCCUUCUUGCCAGCAGUUUGUCCAGAUCUGUCUGUGAACAUAAAGAAGCCCCAGCGUAAGCUUCCCCCGUGAGCCCCUGCACAGCCCAGUCAUACCUGAUCAGAGUAGAGGUUGGUGUAGCUAACGGUUCGGACCUUACCUCUGCGGUCUGCGUGCCGCCGCCAGCUGUUAGAUGACAUUAUAUCCCAGUGCAUUUCAAUGGCAGAAGAUGCGCAUGACUCAAUGGAGAGGUCUGUGCUGUCAGCUACACGUUCUUCCACCUUAGGACUGUUGCUUCUGUGGUCCCCUAAGGUAUGCCUUUCUCAUGAAAGUUUCUCCUUUAAGCAUUAAAGACUUGCCUUUUGGAGGUACGACUCUGCAUACUAGAGCUCACAACAGAGGACAUGCCACGUGAGGUUCUUGGUGGAUAUAUAUAAACGCAGUACUUAUUUUCUAAACCAUUUUUCUAACAGAAAAUGUACUGCAAGUGAAGUGCCCAAAACAAUAUUGUAUGCAGUCAGCAAAGUAAAUUUGGUAUGAGACUGCUCACAACCAAGGGGUUUUCAUAUGUUAAUAUAUAGUGUAUAUAACCAUUAAGCCCACGGCAGCUAUGCAUGUACCACGCUAUGGAGUUUAUACACUAAACCUUAAAUUGUUCAGGACAGUCAUAGUUUCUGCUCACUGACAUUACUAACUACUUAAAAAGGGACAAACAUAGUGAGCUUCUCCACAAAAAAAAGACUUAGGCCCUGUUGAGGCAUAAUUAAAAAAAGUGACAUUUGUGGAAAGCCUCCGAGACUGGCCUAUGUCGUAUGCAGGGCCAGCAUGGCCAUACUUCAUAAUACAGUGAAGUUGGAAAAUCAAAACCACAAUGUUCCUGCAAUCUCCUGGUUUAGUAAAUUAACCCAAAUAAGCUAAAGCUGAGCAUUCCAUGUGUCUUAGGCUAAAAUCCCCACCAGUCUAAUUGUACUUUAUGAAAACAUUGUCUUUUCCCUGUAUACCAGUCAGUUUUUUCAUCAUAAGCCUUUUUAUUGUCUGUUGCUUCACAUGUUUCUUAAUAAAUAAUGUAUU